AUGUCGCUUUUCACUGACACAGAAGCGGCGGAAAUCAGCCUUCGUGUGGCUUUCUCGUUUCUUGUGCUAAUCAGCCUCGUCAGUAACUCUCUGGUCUGUCUUGUUGUCCUGAGAAACCGGCUAAUGAGAAGCGCCAUGAAUUAUUUGUUGGUGAAUCUCGCCUGCGCGGAUAUGGUGGUAGCUAUAUUUUGAUCCCUCGGUAUAUCCUAAUUCACACGUACCAACCAACACCCGACGGGGCACACCGGGACUACCUCUGCAAGUUCCUAACCGGAGGGAACCUGUUAUGGACCGGGGCCGUGGUCUCGGUGGUAUCACUGAUUGCUGUUGCAGUUGAAAGAUAUUUUGCGGUGUUGUACCCACACGACGAGAAAAAACGUAUCACAAAGGCCAAACUCAAAUUCAUCAUACCUACCUGUUGGCUGUUUUCAAUCCUCUGGAAUCUUCCAGUAUAUGUGAUAAAAAAAUACAACGAGGAUUUAGAUUUUUGCCUCGAGGAUUGGCCCUCUGGUUGGUAUUUCAAUGCUUAUAG